AUGUCCUUAUUCGGCUCGCCUCCCGCUGCGGAGGCGCCUAAUCAUACCCGCGCGCCUUCCCACUCCCGUUCCAACUCUUUCUUCCACGGCCGCCGCCAUUCGCGCUCCUCCUCCCUCGUCUUCAAGGAUUUUCCCCCGCAAAUCUCACACCAGCGCGAUCCGUCCUUUGCAGAAUGGACCGGCGGAAAGGACCCCCGCCCAUUGGCCUCCUCCGCAUCCCCUCCGCCACCAGCCGCUCCGACGUUGGAGCCGCUAGAGUCAUCUCCCCCGGACUCCUCGUCCCCUCCGCCGAACCUAUUUCCCCUUAAGGAGCCGCAACCGGCGGCUUCCCCUCCGUCAUUGCCGCAAUUAGGCAAGGUGAAGGAGCAAUGGCGGUCCAUCUCAAGCCUCUCUCUCCCUCGCGCAUUUUCCGGCCGCCUCGAGCACCUCGCAAUCCCCUCCCCCUCGGUCGACCACGCUUCCAAAAACCGCCCACAUCCCUUCUCUCUCUUCCUCUCCUCGCUCCACGAUUCCCUGUCCGAAGGUUCCGCGGAGCCUUCCCCGGCGUCGCUUGUUAACUCCCCGAACUCCCCCAACUCCCCCGAUUCUCUCAACUCCCCGUGCUACUCCUAUUCUACCGCUACUAGCUCCGCGGCUUCAACGCCUUUCGGCGGACCGCCUUCGCUUUCAUCCCUCACCACCACCCCUUCCUCCGCCUCCCCUUCCUCUUCCACUUGGUCCGACCUCUCCCCCUCCGUCUCCUCCUCUUGCUCCUCCGCCGCUUCCCCGUACCCGCUGCUCCGCCUCGCGCUCGACAGCCCCUCAGCGCGCAGCCCCUCCGUGCGGAGCCCUUCCGCUUCCGCCAAGGGCGCAGCUGCGCGCCUGUUCGACAGCCCGCGCAGCCGCUGCCAGAGCCCGCUGAGUCAGAACAGUUUUCCGCCGCCGCAUCUGCAACCCCCCGCCCACCAUGGCGCAUUUUCGCGCUCGGGGAGCGGCGGAGCAGCUGCGCCCAGCCUCCUCGGGGGAGCCGCCAGCGCCUCCGCAGGUGCCGACGGCGCCAUUGGCGGAAUCAACGACAGAGCUCGACCGCGGGUUGACGGACGCGGCGGCUGCAGCCGCAAUCGCCGCCGCCGUUGGCGGGCCAUGGGCGGGAGUGGAUCGAUUCCGAGUGGAAAGCAGCGCAGCGGUAGAUAG